GUGGACCUCAGCCAAUGAUGCUCGAUAUAGCGCAAGGCUGCCUGCAGGCGCUGCAGGCAACACCGCCUCAAAUCUUUUGAGUCAAAGCGAUCACUCCUCCCUGAGUCAAUUUCAUUCAGCCUUAUAGUUCAUUUAAGAACCGUGGAAUUGCACCUCAUCAACUGAGAAGCAAAGUGUUUUAUUCGUCAUGGGUUCUCGCGCAACCAAGGUUGCGGCGCCCCCGCACGUGAAGGCUGCUGCCUCACCGGUCGCACCUGCUCAACAACAUCAUGAAAGAAGCAACAAGACAAACGAAACUGGGCCCUGCCAAGACCAAGUACAUCAGGCUGCACGAAAGCCAGUGACUUCACCACAGCCUUGUGACGAUAUCAACCUCAAAUUCUCAGCACAAACAACCACUACCUCAAGACGGCGAUACAGUGAGCCAGUACAGACAGAAGCGAUGGCCACAGAACUGAACACAGAUGGAAUACGGCAUCUUUCUGCUUUCGAAAGCUUCAUUGUGGAGCGCGACCUGAUGGUGAUCGACAUCGACUACGCAGCCCUUGUCAGCCCAGUUCCCAUUGAACAGCUCCCAAGCCUAGCUGCGUUUGUACCUAUCCAGGAAGAGUUUAAGGAGCCUGAGGAACCUGAGGUACAAUGUAUAGGUUGCUGCACGCAGCUACCGAAAGAGAAGGAUCUGAAUUAUGCGCAAGAAGUAAUCAAGCCAUGCAGGUCGUGCAACAGCACAUACUGCAUCCCAUGUGUCAAAGGCAUGUUUCUCACUGCGUGUAAAGACUCUAGUCGGAUGCCGCCACGCUGCUGCGUGCAGAUCCAUCUUUACCACAUCAAGCCUCAUUUGACGAUCGAAGAGAUUACCGAAUACAAGUCGAAGUAUGAAGAGUGGAGCACACCCAAGCCGUUCUACUGCCCAAUACCAACAUGCUCCGCUUUUAUUCCAGAACGACUACUGCCACAGCAGGCAGGAACGAAGGGAAAGAGGAAAGUAGACUCGGGCAUUGGAACCCCAACCUUACCGAACUUUCAGUGUCCGAAGUGCGAAGGCGAGAUCUGCGUCGACUGCCGGCAAUCAGCCCACCCAGAUAGCCUCUGUACAACUUUGGAUCCUGGAGUUGAUGCAGAGACUGCAGCACUUCUCAUGGUAUGGGGUUACAAACGCUGUCCGAAAUGUAGCCAGGGACUGAAACGAAUGUAUGGCUGCAACCACAUGGAGUGUAGAUGUGGUGCGCACUUUUGCUGGGGUUGCAUGAAGAGCAGAGACGAAUGCGAAGGAGGCUGCUACGAAGACGACGAUGAAGACAGCGGAAGCGAUUUUGAACCUGAUGAGCCUGAGUCUCUUCGAGGAUCAGACAACAAUACUGCUACUGAAGCGCAAACGGCGACUGCGGAAGGAACAGAAGCCACCAUGGCAGACGCUGCCCCGGAAGUACUUGCUGGAGUCGCAACAGAAACGAAUACAACCUCACCAGUCACUUGUCGCCCACGCAACCUCGACGGCGGCUCAGCACGUUACUGGGAACAACAAGACUUCGACUUCGGUGAAGAACCUACCGACGAUGUUCAAGACCGAGUUUGGGAGUGCCAUCAUUCCUUCGAGCCUUACACCAUCACGCUCACGGAAGCGAUUUCGAAACCACCUUUAGCGCACGAAAUGGAGUGCGUCAAGUGUUGGUGCGCGAUACAGCCUGACAUUGAAACACCACAAAAGUCAACCACCAUUCCAGCGCCGGCUAAGAUCGCACGCAUUCCUGCUGGUAGAGGUCGCGGGGGUCGCUGUGGCCGUGGACGUGGUAUGGUAGCUAGACUACGACCUGCAGCGUACGUGCCUCCGCGCGGUCUCGUCCAUUCAGAUGCUACUGUCGGUACUGCACCUCAUCUCACAGCACAGCUUACACCUGUUACUUUGUGGACGUCAGAGACACGAUCAGAUCCUAUGGAGGACAUCCAAUCUGAACUGGAGGUAGAUUUUAAAAAAGCGGAGUCUUCACCAGACACAGAGCUUUACCAGAAAGCUCCAUCCACAUGUUCGACUUCCCUAGUCUUCAGCGGCACUUCCAUGGCGUACAGCGUAGCGCAAGAGUGUCACAACUGCAGCCUCCUCGUAUGUCAAAAGUGCGCAGACGAUAUCCUCGCUCAACGACAAGCCAAACGAGAAGCACGCGAAGCAGAACGAGCAGCGGAAGAAGCAGAAGCAGAGCGGAAGGCUGAGGAGGAGACAUGAGGACGGAGAGAGCUACCAGCGUCUCCCGGAGCUGACGGGCAAUCCCCUCCAUCGCUGUUCGACUGAUUAUUC